ACCUCUUUUUGAUUUUUCCUUUCUUUCUCGACUUGGGCUUUUGCGUGCAGAGAACCGGAGGAGCAGCUGCUUGUUGUCGCCAUGGUGAAGUUUCUGAAACCCAACAAGGCCAUCAUCGUCCUCCAAGGCCGAUACGCCGGUCGCAAAGCGGUGAUCGUGAAAUCCUUCGACGAUGGCAUCCGCGACCGCCCCUAUGGUCACUGUUUGGUUGCGGGGAUAAAGAAGUACCCCAGCAAGGUUAUCCGCAAGGAUUCCGCCAAAAAAACAGCUAAGAAAUCACGUGUCAAGUGCUUCGUCAAGCUCGUCAAUUACCAGCAUCUGAUGCCCACGCGCUACACCCUCGAUGUGGAUUUGAAAGACGUGGUUUCCGUCGAUGCUCUUCUAACCAAGGACAAGAAAGUGGCUGCUUGCAAGGCAACCAAGGAGAGGUUUGAAGAGAGGUUCAAGACUGGAAAAGGUGGUUUUUACUAAGCUUAGGUUUUGAGGCUCUUUUCGUUUUUGUGUUAUCAUCUUGAGAAAGGAAAGUUUGGUGUUCAACCUAGUGCUUCAAACAUUUUGCAUUUAAGGGCGGAUUUGAAUCUGUUUCUAUGAUAUAUUUCUGGGUUAUUUUGUUAUA